AUGAGCUACUAUGGCAGCUACUACGGAGGCCUGGGCUAUGGCCCUGGCUGUGGAUGCCACAGCUUUGGCAGACUGGGCUGGGGCUCUGGCUACGGCUAUGGUUCUGGAUUUGGGGGCUGUGGUUACGGUUCUGGACUUGGGGGUUGGGGCUAUGGCUCUGGAUUUGGGGGUUAUGGCUAUGGUUCUGGGUUUGGAAACUAUGGCUGUGGGUACCGCCGCCCUUCCUGCUACGGGGGAUAUGGCUACUCCAGCUUCUACUGA